GGGGGUGAGACCCAUCCUGUUGCUUGGUAACCGGCCAAUGGGACCCACCCUAGUCUUAGGCAGGGAGGCCUGUAGACCUCACCUGAGGCCCCCACCCUGUUGCUAGGGUACAAGGCGGGGGCUUCGAUCCACGAGCCCCGCCCUGUUGCUAGGUAACGCAGCUGCACUGACCCCCCCGCCCCCCAUGGGCCGGGUUCUCAAGCCUCCGUGGGGGCAUCCGGGAACCCGAGACGGCGGGGAGAGCGGCCCGCAUCAGGCUUCGAAGCCAGGACUGGCUCUCGGGUGCUCAUCUGCCGGAACUACCGUGGCGACGUGGACAUGUCCGAGGUGGAGCACUUCAUGCCCAUCCUGAUGGAGAAGGAGGAGGAAGGGAUGCUGUCGCCCAUCCUGGCCCACGGGGGAGUCCGCUUCAUGUGGAUCAAGCACAACAAUCUGUAUCUGGUUGCUACCUCCAAGAAGAACGCAUGUGUGUCGCUGGUGUUCUCCUUCCUUUAUAAGGUGGUGCAGGUGUUUUCAGAGUACUUCAAGGAGCUGGAGGAGGAGAGCAUCCGUGACAACUUUGUCAUCAUCUACGAGCUGCUGGAUGAGCUCAUGGACUUCGGCUACCCCCAGACCACCGACAGCAAGAUCCUGCAGGAGUACAUCACCCAGGAAGGCCACAAGCUGGAGACGGGGGCCCCGAGGCCCCCAGCCACCGUCACCAACGCAGUGUCCUGGCGGUCUGAGGGCAUCAAGUACCGGAAGAACGAGGUGUUCUUGGACGUCAUCGAGUCCGUCAACCUCUUGGUCAGUGCCAAUGGCAACGUGCUGCGCAGUGAGAUUGUGGGCUCCAUCAAGAUGCGGGUCUUCCUCUCAGGCAUGCCCGAGCUGCGCCUGGGCCUCAACGACAAGGUUCUCUUCGACAACACGGGCCGUGGCAAGAGCAAGUCCGUGGAGCUGGAGGAUGUGAAGUUCCACCAGUGUGUGCGACUCUCACGCUUCGAGAACGACCGCACCAUCUCCUUCAUCCCCCCAGAUGGCGAGUUCGAGCUCAUGUCCUACCGCCUCAACACCCACGUCAAGCCCUUGAUAUGGAUCGAGUCCGUGAUCGAAAAGCAUUCCCACAGCCGCAUCGAGUACAUGAUCAAGGCCAAGAGCCAGUUCAAGCGGCGGUCAACGGCCAACAACGUGGAGAUCCACAUCCCCGUGCCCAACGACGCCGACUCCCCCAAGUUCAAGACGACAGUGGGGAGUGUGAAGUGGGUCCCCGAGAACAGUGAGAUCGUGUGGUCCAUCAAGUCCUUCCCGGGUGGCAAGGAGUACCUGAUGCGGGCUCACUUUGGCCUUCCGAGCGUGGAGGCGGAGGACAAGGAGGGCAAGCCCCCGAUCAGCGUCAAGUUUGAGAUCCCUUACUUCACUACCUCUGGCAUCCAGGUGCGCUACCUGAAGAUCAUUGAGAAGAGCGGCUACCAGGCUCUGCCGUGGGUCCGGUACAUCACUCAGAACGGAGAUUACCAGCUCCGGACCCAGUGACGGGCCCCACGGCCAGCGCGGGCGCUCCAGGUGGAAGCACCCGGAGGAAGCACCUGCCGAGCCUGCGGGAUGGAGGAGGGGCGCCCCCCUGGCUGCCGGCCACCCUCCUGGCUCCUCCCGGCUCCUCCCGGGCCCCACCUCCUCCAGGCACACCUGCUCUGCCAUUGCCACUCUCGUCCCUGAGGUCCCUUCUCCCAGAAGAGGCUCAUCUUCGAGAAGUCUUGUCUCUCUGCCCCCUGAGUCAGUUUGAGGGGAAGGAAAUGAAAUCUUUCCCUCCAGAGAUCAAA